AUGUCGAAGAUCGAAGCAAUUCCUAGCUUCGAUUAUAUGGAAAAGUCUAACUUCCAUGAUAUGAAGGUGUCAAUUAUUAAUCCUAAGAAGAAAAUGAGUUUGUGGACCUUCUGUCUUCUCAUUGGCUACCGGUACCCCGAUGGAACAAAAGCAAGACAUCAGGAUAGACUAACUGGGCUUCGUUUUGAAGUUGAUAAACACGAGUGCUACAGCUGGUCCAAUUCAUCUUCUCCCCCAAAUGAAUUUGAGGUCAACUGUGACCAAGACGGGGAAAAUGUGACCUUCAAACUACCGGUUAACGCAACCUACAACAAUGUCCUUACGUUAUGUGAAAUUCAAGUGUUUGUGUGUACAGAUUUCUGGUAUGGUGAAGACUGUGACAAGACGUGUAACUGUAGAAAUCAGACUGAGGUGUGUAACAAGACGACAGGAGGAUGUACAGCGUGUCCAGAUGGGUGGAAUGGUACAGCAUGUGAUACAUGUGCUCAAGGCCAUUAUGGAGAGAACUGCAUUGAGGAGUGUGGACACUGUCUAAAUGGUGAAUCAGAAUGUAUCACGACAAAUGGACACUGUUCUAAUGGUUGCAAGGCAGGAUGGAAUAACGAUACUUGUAAAAUAGCAUGUACACCCGGUCAUUAUGGAGAUAACUGCAUUGAGGAGUGUGAACACUAUCUAAACGGUCAAUCAGAAUGUAACAUGACGACUGGACAUUGUUCCGGUGGUUGUAAAGCUGGAUGGAGUAAUAACACUUGUAAAGCAGCAUGUAAACCAGGCCAAUAUGGACAGAACUGCGCGAAUGAGUGUGAACACUGUUUAAAUGGUGAAUCAGAAUGUGACAAGACAAAUGGGCACUGUUCUAAUGGUUGCAAGGAAAAUAUUUGCCAAGUGUACCUUCUCAUUAUAUUCCUGCACCGUGAUAUGCCGGCAUGUAAAUCAGGCCAAUAUGGCCAGAACUGCGCAAAUGAGUGUGGACACUGUUUAAAUGGUGAAUCAGAAUGUAACAAGACAAAUGGACACUGUUCUACUGGUUGCAAGGCUGGAUGGAAGAACAAUGCUUGUAAAACAGUCCCCUACCAGUGCAACUGGAUGGGACAGUAG